AAUUCCGAGAAUCAAACUCUCCAAACUGAGGGUAAGAGUGUCUAUUAGUUCUCUAAGAAAUAGAAGUCUUGUGAACUGGUUUGGGAUGUUUUUGACAAGGCUGCUAAGCAUAAAGAAGAUAGCUAUUUUAAUCGAUAUAUGGUUGAGGAUUCAAAACGGGCUUUUCGUCUGAUUGGAAUUAGAAUAGUAGAGAGGUGUUUCUGUUGAAGUGUUUGACUUGGCUUUUUAUUGUUGAUUAUAUAUAUGUUAGGUUUUUAAGGACUCAAGGAGAAAAAAAAACAUUUGAAGAUUCAAAUUUCUAGAUAAUGACUUUCUAUAUAUAUAAGCAAGACAGAGUUGGGAAUCAAAGAGGUUUCUUAUUCUAGUGCAUGAGAAAUUUUUUGUGCUUUGUUUUGCUGAUGUGGGGUUUCUUAAUUCAAGCUAAAGAAAGCUGAAUUUCGGGAACUAGGGGCUUUCUUAUAUAUAUUAAUUAGGGUAAUUUUGAAACAAGGUAUUGUUUGUUUGAGGUUCAAGUUGAUUCAUCAUCAAAGCAAAGAUUCAAUUCAAGCUAUUGAAGUUUCAUACAGAACUCCAAGAGCACAUUUUCUAGAAUUGCUUGGGAAGAAAUCUGCUGUUUCUCAAAUAUUCUGGUUAAAAGAUGGGUUUUCCACGUGGCACAAAAUUGGCAAUGUGCCUAAUUCUCAUGGUUAUCAUUUUGGCCUUAAACUCCAUGCAAACCUCUGGAACUAGUAGUUUUGGAUCAGGAAGAAGUUUGCUUCAGACUGAAAAAAAGGCAGAUAAUACUGUAAGGGUGGAUCCUUUAGAUGAUUUCAAGAAAUACAGAGGAGGAUAUGAUAUCACAAACAAGCAUUAUUGGAGUUCAACAGUAUUUACAGGAAUUUAUGGAUAUGCCCUAGCAGUGCUGUGGAUUUUCGUUGGUCUAGUAUAUGGAGGAUAUCUUCUUGCCACCACAUUUUGUUGUAAACAUUCCCAUAGGAAGUUGAGAAAGGGAACACCUUGUCAUGAGCAGUGUUAUCUGCGGCCCAUUCUACUGGCAACUUUCUUCACUAUCCUCGUAAUAGUAGCAUCUGGGCUAGUUCUGGGAGGGAAUGCAAACUUCCAUUCUAGAGCAAAAACAGUGGUGAACAUUAUCAUAGAUACAGCAAAUGAAGCAUCAAACACCAUAUUUAAUACAACUGAAGCAAUGAAGGACAUUGACACUAGGUUGGUAACAACUAGUGGAAAUGGUGAAACUUCUGGCUUCCUUACUUCAACUUCUAGAGAGCUGGAUUCCCAAGCUGCAGUAAUAGAAAGACAAGCUAAGAAGAACAGGCAGGCAAUCAACUUGGGUCUCAGGAUAGCGUAUAUAGUAAGUACGGUGAUUAUUUCGUUGAACUUGAUUGCUGUGAUUGCCCUAUCAGUCUUUGGGAUUCUCAAGCUACAACGGGCACUUCACAUAUUCAUCAUAUUGUGUUGGCUGCUCAUAGUCUUUUGCUGGUUGUUCUUCGGCAUUUAUUUCUUCAUUGAACAGUUUGCAGGAGAUACAUGCACAGCACUUGAAGGCUUCCAACAGGAUCCCUACAACAACAGCUUGAGCUCAAUCCUCCCUUGUGAUGAAUUGCUUUCAGCAAAAUCAGUCCUUUAUGAUGUUAGUGAGGGGAUUUAUGGAUUAGUGAACCAGGUGAACACAAACAUAUCCACAUCGUAUGCAAAUAUUGUUCAAAUCUGUAAUCCUUUCUCAGCACCACCACAGUACCAAUACCAACCAGAGAACUGUCCAGCUAAUGCAAUUCGGAUUGGAGACAUUCCUCAGGUAUUGAGGAUGCUUACAUGUUCAGACGCCGAAAACGGAGCCUGCAACGGAGGAAUACUAAUCUCCUCUACAGAUUUCAGAACAGUGGUAGCUUACUCAACUUCAGUACAAAAUCUAUUAAAUGUGUACCCUGGUAUGGAAAGUCUAGUUGAAUGUCAGACAGUGAAGGAUGCUUUUUCUGAAAUCCUUCACAAACACUGCAAACCAUUGAAGAAAAAUGUACGGAUGGUAUGGGCAGCAAUGGUGUUCCUCUCGAUGACAAUGGUGGCUCUAGUUACAAUAUGGAUAGCUAAGGCGCAUCACGAGCGAAAACAUCAUUUUUCAGAUGAUUUCGUGAAACCCCAUUUCGCAGCAGCAAAUAUGCUCGAACUGGGAACAACUAAGGCUACCAACAACAACAACUCAUCCUAGUCUAGCGCUGUAAAUAGUAGUCAGUUUCCUGAGUGACAUGGGAGACACACACAAGCAAUUUGGAAAAAAAGAACUCUUCCCCUUAGGCUAGAAUACAAGGAAGGUCACAGAGAUCAGGAUCAAUUGAUAGAUCAAGAGGAAUACAGUAUAGGAAAGUAGAGUUGGAUCCGGCAAAAAAAAAAAAAAAUCACCAGAGUGUGAUACACAAUUUCAUUAUUCUUGUAUUCUUUACAGAAGCCAAAUAUGGGGACAAACCCCUCAAUGGCAAGUAAUGAGAUUCAUCAAACAAGUGCAUUUCAUUUGGGAAAGUUAUACAGCAAUGCGAUCAAGCCACA